AUGAGUGACGACUGGGACAAUGUUACUGUUAUUCGCAAGAGGACGAGCGUUCCCAAGGUUGCUAAGACACAGUCAGCCCUCAAUGCUGCGCGGCGUUCAAAUGCUGUCGUAGGCACGGAGAAGAAAACUACUGGUGGGACUAAUAGACAUACGCAGCAAGAUCACCAGCGUCUGGCCAAGGUUGAUCGAGAAAACGAUGUAGCACCGCCUUCCAAGCUUAGUCCGUCUGUUGGUAAACUUAUUCAACAGGCCAGACAAGCCAAAGGGCUCACACAAAAAGAUCUAGCAAUGAAAAUUAGUGAAAAGGCGAAUGUCAUUAACGAUUACGAAAUGGGGAGAACCAUACCUAAUGAUGGCGUAUUGAGGAAGUUAGAAAGAGCACUUGCUGUGAAGUUGAAGACUAGAGGUGGAAAAUGA